UGAAAGUGAACGCAUUAUCGUAAAACAGUGAUCCACUUUCUGUCUUUCUCAUUCGUGUGUAGUUCUUCCAGACGAACUGAACCAGAUGGGAAACUCCCAGAGCAGUGGACAGUACGACGUGAAUGAUGCCACGCUCAGAUUUGUGAGACGCAGAGACGACAUAACUUUAGAUGAUGACCCUGAUGUUCUGAGAGCAGAGAUGUCCUGUGGUCACGCAGUGUCUCCUCAAUCCCUGACCGCCUGGUGUCGCAGUCUGCUGGAUCAGGGUCAGUAUAAAUUCCACUGUCCAGCGAUCACACAUGGGACAGAGAAAUGCGGUGCAGAGUGGCCGUACCUGGAGGUCAGGAAGCUGGCGGUGCUUAGUGACUCAGAACAAGCUCAUUUUGAAGAGAAUAUGGCUCUUCUGGCAGCGACUGAGUACUGCGAGUUCAAAUCAUGUCCGAGCUGUGAGACCUAUGUUGAGCGAGCAGACCUGAGUAACCUGUGUGUGAGAUGCACCAUCUGCACCGCGCUGAAACACAAGAGCUUCCAGUUCUGCUGGCAGUGUCUGAGGGAAUGGAGAGGACCAGCCGCUCAUUCUCUACGCUGCAGUCAUGAAGACUGUGUCCACCCAGAUGUUGACAAGCUAGCCAAAUGUAAAAACAUGCGGCUGUCUUACGUGAACGAUGUGGAGUGUCCCGCCAUCCGAGCCUGCCCCACCUGCGGUCUGCUCCUGGAACACAACGGCUUCGCUUGUAAGAACCUGAUGUGUAAGCGCUGCAGGGUGGAGUUCUGCUUCCUCUGCCUUCAGCUGAAGCGGGUUUGUAAUCCCAUCAGUGGACCUUAUAACGUCUGCUCAGUGGCUCCACGGCAGACCGAGAUUCCUGUCUGGAAAAGAUAAUGUUGGAGAUGGGAUAGACACUCAACUUGUGAUACCAUACGAUUCAGGAUACCUGUUUAACGAUAACAUUUUCUCAUGAUGUUUUGAACAACAUGAGAUUUAAUACAAAUUAUGAAUGGAAACAUGUCUUUUUAUUAUUUCUCAGACAAAAAAAAUAAAACAUCUAUUUUUAA